AUGACAAGUGGUGAAAGUGAUACGUUUGAUGAGGACUAUCACAACGCUUUUGAGUCCGAUGUAGCAGUGGGCAGUGGUCGCAGACCGCACAAGAAACGCCGUAUUGCCGCACGCAACCUAAUUCGCCUUCAGGAUGAGAGCGACGAAGAAGAAGAUGAGGUCGACAACUCCGAUGAUCCAGACUUCCACAGUAUUUACGAACAGGCACAACCGGACGCUCCGGCUGCUGAGGCAGCACCAAGUACCUCACACAAUGCGUAUGACGAAAAUUCUACCCCUUUCGUCUCAUCGAGCAGGCAGGUGGCUAUCGACCCAGCUUUAGCACAAUCGUACGCCGACGCGGAAGUGAUCGAUAUUAUCGGACACGGUGAUGGGUCAGAUGCGGAAUCUGAAGAUGAGACUGGACACAGCGCCGAGGCUUCGCCAGAGCUGGGCACUACCCCACAAACGGCCGUUGAGAUCCUUGAUGACGAAGUGCUCCCUCAAGAACGCCGCGAAUACCGAAGAGCUCGCGAUUACAAAUGUCCCAUCUGUUUCGAGCCCCCAGAAAUCGCACUGUUUACUCCCUGUGGCCACAUUUUUUGCAUUGAUUGUCUUUUUCAAAUGAUCAACAGUACGAAGGCAAAUCGAAGGUCGGGCCAGUGCGCUUUGUGCAGAAGAGACGUUGGACUGGGGAAGGUAAAACUACUCAAACUUCGCAAGAAACGAAUUCCGAAGGAUGCUUAG